UUCCGGGUUAAUACAUUUGGAUCACUGCGUUCAUGGUUUCAGCUGUUCCACAGCAGUACAAUAUAAUAUGAAAAUGAUUUGGGUGCAGCUACUAAUGUUUUUCUGUUGUACAACACUCUUGGGAGCAACCCCUGAAAAUUCAGAGCAUGGAGCACACAAACUCUCUGAAUCACAUUACAAAGAUGGAAUUCAUAAUCCUGUAUUUGAUCAAGAGGCAUUGCUAGGAUCUAGAAAGUAUGAUGAUCUUGCUGAAUUACCCCAAGAGGUCCGCAUUAAAAGGCUACGAAACCUUGCAAAAUCACAUGAUACUAAUAAUAAUGAUAUUAUAGAGACCUCUGAGCUCAAGGAUUGGAUUUUACAGUCUUUUCGAAUGCUAGACAGAGAGGAAGCACUAGAUAAAUUAAAAGAUGAUGACGAGAAUGGAGAUGGAAAAAUAACUUUUGGAGAAAUUUUACAUAAACAGUUUGGUUAUACAGAAAGUGAUCUAGCCGACCUAGAAAAUAUUGAGAAAGAGGAAGAAGGCACAGAUGUACUUCAGUUGGUGACUGAUGACAAGAAAAGAUUUAAUGCAGCUGAUUUGGAUAAAGAUGGUGUGUUAGAUGAAAAUGAGUAUAUUGCUUAUUACCAACCGUAUGACUUUCCUCAUAUGGCUGAAGUGGAAAUGGAAAAAGCUAUGAGAGAUGCAGAUAAAGAUAAAGAUGGUUUUGUAUCCAUUAAAGAAUUUAUUGGAGAUCAUGUUGAUGAGGAAGUGAGGUUGUCAGAAAUGACCAAUUUUGAAGAGCUGGACAUUGAUAAAGAUGGCAAGCUGACACCAGAGGAACUAAAGCCAUGGGCACUGCCUGACAAUGAAGAUGUGGCAAAAGAAGAAGUAGAACAUUUGCUUAACAUGUGCGAUAAAGAUAAAGACGGGCACCUGUCAAUUGAAGAAAUUGUAAUGAAAGAAGAUGAAUUCCUUGGUAGUUCUGCAACAGACUAUGGCCGCACAUUACACUUUGUUAAAGAUGAACUUUAAAGUAGGAUUAUUAUUAUCAGUUUAAGGCUUUAAUAAGUGAUUUUUAAAAAUUAUUUGUUGUUCUGAAAAUUCCAUUAGAUUUAAUAAUUUCAAAAUGCAAUACUUAAUCUAAUUUUUUUUAUAGCUUUCAUUUUUGAUAGUGGAUAGAAAAAAUAUUUCUAAAAUUAAAUAAUUUUUAAAAAUUAUAUAUCUUUUUUAAUUAAUGGAAAUACUAUUUUUUGUAUUUAAUUAACUUACUAAUUUUUAAAAUAGAUUUUUCCUAUCUAGUAAAGCAUCUUUUAUAAGCUAUGCCAGCUUUAAAAAUGCCAAUACUUUUAUAUUAAUAUAUAUUUAUGGAACAAGGCAAAAAUAUAUCCAGAUUGCAGCUCAAAAGAAUUCUCAAUAAUAUUGUUUUUCAACAGUCAUGUGUGUUAAAAAUUAAUAUUCUCUGUAUUUUUAUAGCAAGUUGUUUAAUUUAAAUGCCAUUAAAAUUAAUUAUGGUUUUGAGUUUUAAUCAAUGAACUUUUACAUUGUUUAUUUAAACAAGUACUCAGCCUAAAGUGUGAAUGGAAUUUAUUUAAAUUAGAUUUUCUUUGUGAGUGUUGAAUUGGAUGUAAUUUAUGUUUUAUAAGUUAGUUUUCAUUAAUGAGAGAAUGGAUACACUUGUAAAAUUGUCCUGUUUUUAACACUUCAGUUGUUGACAUUUUGACCACAAUUUCAGAGCAUCACCCAUAACAAUAUCUUCUAAGAUAAUGUUACUAACUUUUCUUAGCAAUUUUGUUUCAGCCUGAUCAAUAUGUGAACAAAGGCAAAUUACAUUUUUAAUUAAAGAAAUGUUAAAUGAUG